AUGGCAUGCUCCUUGUUGCUAAAGGCUGCGAAGCACACAGAAGUCCUUGCACCAGUCCAUGAGAAAAGCAUCAUGGAGGUCUGCAUAUUGUUCCUUUAUGCUAUGAUACUUCUUCCAGGUAUUGCUGCCAGUGUGCAUCAGGUGAAGUCAUUUCUCAAUCACACUGCAUACCUAUCCUGUUAUUUUCCAAACUCUCAGAAAACUGACAUAAAUGAUUUAAGAGUUUUUUGGCAAAAAGGCGACGUUGAAGUGGUGCAUGAAGUAUACUACGGCCAAGAGAAACAUGAUAACCUUAGUCCUAAAUACAUAAAUCGCACCAAAAUGGAUAUGGACAAAUGGACCUUGCAAUUGUUAAAUGCAGGAAUUAUGGACGAGGGACAGUAUAGAUGUAUUAUACAGCACAGAGAUAAAGGAUCGCCAAAGGUCAUACACACAUCUGAGUGCUUACUGCACAUCAUUGCCAACUAUAGUCAACCUGAGAUAGCAUGGCUGCAUGCUGGGGAACUAAAGCCCAACGAAUACUUGAAUCUUUCCUGUUCUUCCAGCGGAGGUUAUCCAGAGCCCAAGCAGAUGACUUGGCUAGUUUCACAGGAAAACACAACAUACAGGCUUAUGCGUCACAUGGAUGUCUCACAGGAUGCUGUAACAAAGCUGUACAAUGUUACUAGCAAGCUGAAUAUCACAGUUCCUACAAACACCCUCACUAAUAUUAGCUGCUUGCUUCACCUUGGAGAGCAGCUGGGGAGCCUUGUCUCAGUGCCUCUAGGCAUAGAGAUACAGGGGGAAGAAAUGGAGCAAGUGAAGGUAAAUUUAUUUGGCCCACUUAUAGCUGUGACUGUACUGAUCACACUUCUUCUGGGUUUUGUGAUAUUGAAGAAGAACAGAAAUAUCUCAUCUACCAACCAGAGUGUCAGUCUAGCAGUCUAG